AUUGGUGAUAAUUUAGGAGUAAAACGUUGAAGGUCAAAAUCAACGUCUUCCAAACGGACAGUGACUAAACGUUGGACCUAACCCCACUAUAGUUAUUAGCUACCUAGCUCUUCCUCAAUUUUCCCCCAAAUCCAAUUUCCCACGUUUAAAUCCCUAAUCCCAGAUCCCGACCCACCGCCACCGCCGCCGUCGCCGUCGCCGCCGCCGCGCCAUGUCAGCCUCCCCAUCCACCGCGGUUCCCCGCCUCUUCUACCACCCAGCCUAUUGGUGCCACUCGUGCGACAUGAGCAUCGGCCUACCCCCCUCCCCCACCCCAACCGCCCUCCUCUGCCCCCACUGCCACCGCGACUCCCUCGAGCAGAUGGAUAUGGAGGAUUCCAUCACCACCCCACCCUCCCCCGCCCCCAGAAACCCCUUCCCCGUCGACCACCACACCUCCGCCUCCGCCUUAACCCCGCCCGACGACAACUUCCUCCUCACCAGCCCCUACCUCAGCCGCCUCAUCGAUUAUCUCGCCGCCACCACCUCCGCCGCCGCCGCUGCCGCCAAUCCGAGAUCCGACCCGGCCCCCAAAUCCUCGAUCGAGUCCUUGCAGGAGGUCACAAUCACCGCCGACAGCGACCCCACCCUGCUCUGCCCGGUGUGCAAGGACCCGUUCGUGGCGGACUCUGUCGCGAAAUUGAUGCCGUGCAAGCACAGCUACCACUCCGAUUGCAUUGUGCCGUGGCUCGAGAUCAAUAAUUCGUGCCCCGUGUGCCGAUUCAAGCUGCCCAGGGGUGAGGCGGAGGCGGCGAAUGGGGCCGCGGAGGGGUACGCGAGGUCUUUUACGCUCGAAGAAUUAGUCGACGACGAGUCGGAUUUGUACGGGUUUAGGAACAGCCUUAGGAAUAUCGCGAGGAGGCAUCGGUGGAACGAUGAGGGGAACAUUGGAAGUGGGAGUGAGGGGAAUUUGUUUUCUCCUACACAAAUUGGGGAGGUGGAGAGAGGAGAUGGGGUUUUAGAGAGAGAAAACAGUGUGGAGACCGUGUCGAGUUGGCCGAGGUGGCAGGUUGAAGAGAGAGGUGUCGGUGGCGGUGGCGGUGGCGGAGGUGGCAGAGGAAAUGAUGAUAUUGAUGCAUUUGGUAGGAGUUGAUUGUGUCCUUGUGCGGUGUUGAAUUGGAUUCUGUUCCGUUUUUUGGCAGAACCCGAGGUGAUGUAUAUUUUCCUAGGACGAACUGGCCGUUUUAUCGUCGGUAAUGGUGCGGUUAAGUGUAAUUAGCCAUGAAUUAUUGAGCUUAUGUUUAUAAUAAUAAAAAGAAAGUGUGACGCUCUUGCCCUUCUCUUCUUUCCUUCCCUUCGGUGCUCCGUUUUUCUAGAGGAAAAUGUAAUCGGUGCUCGUAAUUUUAUUCGAAAACUUUAUGUUGCAAAUUUUGGUGUAUAGUAAACCAAAUGAUUUGUUGUAUCUUAAGAACUUUUCUUUGAGUUGUGAUUGAAGAUUGGCUUUCUUUUUUGUUAUAACCAAAACAAUUUGCUCGA